ACCCUCAAGACAUCAGCCAAAUGUGAAAGCCAGGGUCACUCUCUGUCUUCCUCUUUUCUUCGUCUAAAUUGACUGAGUUCUCAUAAUUUACAUAUGUCAUUGGUCACAAUUCCAAAGAAUCAAAACUGCCACACAAGCUUAAAUUUUUGGAUCUUGUGACUUCUGAGCAGCAACUUUUUAUAAAGGAGGCUCAGAGCCCAGAUUUCAAGGAGCCAGAGAACCCAGGAGUCCUCAGCCCAGCUCUGUUCCUGUUGCUGGUCAGCACCCAGAACCAUGAGGGUCAGCCUGGCUGCCCUGGCCUUCCUCCUCACUCUUGCCAUCCUGCACUCGGAGGCCAGUGAAGAACCAGCUGAUGACCUGCAUGCCUGCUGUUUCACCUCGGUAACGAGGGCAAUCCCACUCUCUUUCGUGAAAAAUUAUCAAAGGACCAGUGACCAGUGCACCCAGCCAGGGGUCAUCUUCCAGACCAGAAAUGGGCGAUUGAUCUGUGCCGACCCAGGCCAGGCCUGGGUGCAGAAGUACAUCAAAUACCUGGACCAAAAGUCCAAGGGAGCUGGGAACAGUGGGACCUUCACAGUCGAGGGAAAAUGAGAAGAAGCCACAGAGCCACCUCCCCUCCCCAACCAGCUCCCUCACCCCAGAUGCGUCCUGGGCGAGUCCUGGCCCGAAUGAAAGCCCGCACUUGCGUUUCUGGGCUCCUGCUCUGAUGGUCUGCGCUCUCCUGAAGCUUCGCCGUGAAGCCCCGCCUUCUGGGGCCAGAGGAGACUGCGGCCUCCGGACCGCAUCUGUCGUCCCCUUGCAGGAGCCCAGGUCUUGAAAUAAAUCCGUGCUGCAGAAGGGGA